CUUCUUCGAUUCUGCACCAUAUUGACAAUGUCCUCGCGGCCUGGUUAUCUGGAUCUUCGGUCCCAGCAGGGCGAUGGGCGACCCCGGACCGGUCGAGGAGCUCCGUCUCCUCGGAUUGAGCAUUUCGAUGGUGAAAUUCCCCCCGCCCUCUCCCCGCUCGACGCCUUCGCCGCUCAGGGCCGAAUGCUGGCCAGACAACUGGAUGAGUCGAUGAAGAGAGACCGUCGCAUGAGCAGGCUGCCUCCUGCCAGCGUCGCCAGGUCUCUAUCGCAGCCGCGACCGGGUUAUUUCCGCUCUCCAGCAUCAGACCGUUCGCACAAAGUGACACGAAGUCCGGAGCCGGCAUCGAGCCCGGCGGUGGAGGAACCCAAAUUCAGACCGCAGUCGGAACACCCGCGCUUAAGUGGUCUCUCCAUCCUCCGAAGCGAAGAUGGAAAUGAGGACUCCGACCAGACUCCAGUGGAGCCAGCGAUGAAUCCGCCAGAAGAUCAUCAACCCCCAGAAGGCGAUUACUUUGGAGCGCCCCGAGCGGAGUCUCCCGAAGAGGACCUUAACUUGCGACGAGAUCAGGAUGAGCAUCCGAACAGUCUUCCUGCUGCCGACCCAGUAGGAGUCGCGGAGUCGCGGGGCUCCUCGACGGACUCAUCGCGACCCCAGAUCUCGACCACGCUCGCCCCUCCUGUCUCCCCAUUACCGCCGAAGAACAUGCAGCCAGAGAGCUCCGACGAUGACUAUACCAGUUCGAAUGCCGGUUCUACCUUCUCCAAGCCUCGCAAGCUCUCUUCGAGCAGUGGCAUGUCGAUGCCACACUCUCCCAUAUCGCCGUACACGCGAUCACGUCCGCGGUCGCCGUCGAUCAGUUCGGAGGCCUCCAACACCGGCCACCUUCCUCGUCCAGCAUUCAACUUCUCCCGGCCCCUGAGUCGGUCCAGUACCAGCUUGUCAGCACCGUCGCCCGGGGUUUCAUCCGAACCUCCUUCGAACCACCACCAUCACCCGGUCGGGAUCCAACGAGAAAAUAAGCCCGCGCCGAUCAACGUCUCCGAACCCGAUAAUAUGGCUAGAUCAACCCCGGAGGAGGACGUUCCCUCAUCCGCGGUCUCGUCUUAUAUCUACACCAAAUACCCGCUUCCCCGGGGACGGAAGCCUUCCAGAAAUUCCCAGAUCUUCUCCGGUCUGCAGACUCCGCAUUUUGAAUGGAAGGAACCACUCUUUGAGAGUUCGCCGUCGCCACGGAGCACUUCCUUCCGGAAUCGGACCCCCUCUCCUCCUCCUCCUCGGAACUCGCAGGAGACGGCGUCGAAGACUCCGGAAAAAUCGCCCCAGAAAACCGAAGUGCACGCCUCGCCGUCCUCUACAAGCAUCCAGCCGGCUGACGCUGCCGCCACGACAACGCAGCGGCCAUCCCAGGAAGCUCCUCGCGAGAACCCUGAUGAGACGAAAUCGUCCGCUGACUCGGAAAGCACUGUCCGACCGCAGACGGCCCGUACUGUUGCGUCGUCCGUCAUAAAUAUGACGGCAGAAGAGCACGUCCAGAAGGGCAUAGAAUGCCAUGAGAACGGCUCUCUGCAGGAAUCUACCUACCAUCUACGCAUUGCAGCCAAGCAAAACCAUCCGACGGGGAUGUUAUUGUAUGCCUUGGCAUGCAGGCACGGUUGGGGAAUGCGGCCCAAUCCAAAAGAAGGGGUGCAGUGGCUACGCAAGGCCGUGGACUGUGCGGGCUUGGAAAUGGUUGAAGAUGACAACUCCGGGACUAAGGAAGAUAUUGCAGCACGCAAGGCACUCCGUGCGCAGUUUGCCUUGGCUAUCUAUGAACUAGGUGUGAGUCAUCUCAAGGGCUGGGGUAUCGAACAGGACAAAUCGCUCGCCUUGCGGUGCUUCGAAAUUGCUGGCCAAUGGGGUGAUGUGGAUGCCCUGGCGGAGGCGGGAUUCUGCUAUGCGGAGGGAAUUGGCUGCAAGAAGGAUCUGAAGAAGGCAGCCAAGUUCUACCGAAUGGCGGAGGCGAAGGGCAUGAGCAUGGUUGGAAACAGCUGGUAUGGAACCCUUGGUCCCCUGUUGGAAGUGAAUAGCGGGAUAGCUAAUGACCACUCUCUAGGAUUUACAAGGACAAAUACAUGUCUGACGACGAAGACUCGGGCAGACGAUCUCGCGGUCGUCAAACAUCCACGUCAGACAAGAAGCCCCGCAGCAAGUCCCGGACUCGUAGCAUUUUCGGACGAAAGAAAUCGACAGUCUGAGGCGAGUGCCUGGCAUUGGCUGUCCGGUCGCACAUUUGCUAGCCUUCCAAUUCUUGCAUAUUUUUGCAGACGUACAUAUAACAUCUGGAGUUUCCGGACUUGGCGUACAUACUGUGAUUUCUUGCACGAUACGACGGCGUCUGCGACUCGUGUUUUGUGCCGACUCUCUCUUCAGCACGCUGGACUAGAUUUUUCGUGUCUGCUGGUAUAA